UCGGGAGCGGGAGCCAUUAUCGCUAUCGACAAUAUACCAACACCGCAACAACACAAGCGAAAGGAGCAAACUUCAGUUUGCGUAUUUGCUUACAAUGGCUAACAGCCCCAACGUAAACAUGCCUCCCAUGCCGGCGCCGCCGCUUAUGAUGCCUCCUGCGCCGCCAUUUGGCCUGGCCCCGCCGCCUAUGCCUCCUGGGUUUAUGCAGCGUCCUCCAGGAGAUGGAUCUCGGCCGCCCCACAUGAUGAUGCCUCCAGGAAUCCCCAUGCCACCUCAUUACCCACCGGCGGGGUAUCCCAUGUAUGCAGGCAUGGUGCCCCCGCCUAUGCCACAAAUGCCCCCACCAGUCCCAUCCGUUGCUUCUAUUCCCACACCGGACGCACCCUCGCCGGCUGUGGCGGUUUCCAUGCCCGCUGUUAUAUCUGCGCCUCCAACGGCGCCAGCCUCCAACCCUCCUGUCCCCGGCGUCAGCUCCCCAGCUUCGAACGUAGCAACUGGAGGCAGCAAACCUUCCGAAAGUGCCACUUCGUCCCCUGUCGUUCCACCAGCAAGUACCGAAGCAGAAGGCAGCGCCACCGCCACCCCACCGAGCUCAGCCGCUGCCACCAAAAGCAACUGGACAGAGCACAAAGCCCCAGAUGGUAGAGUGUACUUCUACAAUCACGUGACUAAGCAGUCAAGUUGGGAAAAGCCUGAUGAGUUGAAGACACAAGCAGAGUUGCUUUUAUCUCAGUGUCCUUGGAAGGAGUACAAAUCUGAUACCGGGAGGACGUACUUCCACAAUGUUGCCACGAAAGAAUCAAGGUGGACAAUACCUAAAGAAUUGGAGGACCUCAAAGCAAUGGUCGCAAACAAGGAUGAGGAGCCUUCCAAGGCCGAAGGAUCAACAGAAACACCCCCUGCCGCGGAUGCCAAUAGUGUGGCAAACAUACAGCUGCCUAGCUCCAUUCCGGCCCCAACUCCAUUUCCUGCUCCUGGGGAAACCGUAGGCACACCCUCACAGGCUGACUCUGUUGAUGCGGAUGACAGGUCCGUCAGUGACGACGAGGACAGUAAAGAUGCGCCAUCAAGGCCAUUGGUGUUCAAGGACAAGAAAGAAGCUAUUGAAGCCUUUAAGGACCUUCUGAAAGAAAAGGACGUACCCAGCAAUGCAAGCUGGGAACAAGCCCUUAAGCUUAUAGUGAACGACCCCCGGUAUGGCACCCUGAAGAAGCUGAACGAAAAGAAACAAGCUUUCAAUUCGUACAAAGUACAAAAGGGAAAGGAGGAAAAGGAAGAGCAGCGGUUGAAAGCCAAAAAGGCCAAAGAAGAUUUGGAACAUUUCCUUCAGACCAGCGAGAAAAUGACGUCGAGCACGAGAUACAGGAAAGCGGAGGAAAUGUUCCGAGACUUGGACAUAUGGAAGGUGGUGCCCGAAAGGGAGCGGAAGGAACUAUACGAAGAUGUCCUCUUCUUCCUCUCCAAGAAGGAAAAGGAGGAAUCUAAAGUUUUGUGCAAAAGGAACAAGCAAGUUCUGAGUGACAUUUUGGACUCAAUGACAAGCAUUCAGUACAACACAACGUGGCAGGAAGCGCAACAGCAGUUGUUGGAUAACAAGACAUUUGCUGAAGAUGCUGAGCUGCUGAAUAUGGACAAGGAACAUGCACUGAUCAUUUUUGAAGAUCACAUUCGCCAGCUGGAACAGGAGGAAGAAGAAGAGAAGGAGAGAGCUCGGAGGCGGCAGAAGAGACAGCAGAGGAAGAACAGGGAGGCAUUCAUUCUUCUGUUGAAUGAACUCCACGAAAGAGGGAAGUUGACCUCCAUGUCACUUUGGGUGGAACUGUACUCCACGAUCCGUGCUGAUCCCCGGUUCACCAACAUGUUGGGACAACCAGGUUCAACACCGUUGGACCUGUUCAAAUUCUUUGUGGAGGAUCUCAAGGACAGGUUCCACGGGGAAAAGAAAAUUAUCAAAGAAAUCCUUAAGGAAAAGAAUUUCGUUGUCGAAGUCAACACGCAGUACGACGACUUCGUCACCGUCAUCAGCGAAGAUAAGAGGUCGGCAACACUGGAUGCCGGCAAUGUUAAACUCACGUACAAUAGCCUUCUGGAAAAGGCAUCGGCAAGGGAAAAGGAACGACUGAAAGAAGAAGCGAGAAAACAACGACGGCUAGAAAGUGCCUUCCGAAACAUGCUCAAGAAUGCCAUGCCUUCCAUUGACACAGACUCCACUUGGGAUCAGGUGAGGAAGCAGUUCGAGAAAGAACCAGCAUUUGUGAACCUCAGCCUGGAGUCCGAGCGGAUCAGUAUUUUCAAAGAGUACCAGCUCACACUAGAGGAGGCCUGCAGCCACCACCAUAGCAGGUCGAAGAAACACUCGAGAAAGAACAAGAAAGGCAAGAAACGUUCAAGAUCAAGAUCGGACAGCGAAUCAGACGACAGCGUACAAAGGCACAAGAGUAGCCGAAAGAAAAAGAGGUCUCGAUCCGUGUCUGAAGACUCUGGGUCCGCAUCAGACUAUGGAAGAAAAUCAAAGAAGGAGAAAAAGAAAAAGAAGAAGCAGGCAACGAAAAGCAUUAGCAGCGAAUCCUCCGAGUCCGAACCAGAGUCCGACAGAGAAAGGAGGGACAGGAAGAAGAAGAAGGAUAAGGAGAGACGGAGGUCCGUGAGCCGGAGUCCAAGCCGGAGCCGAAGCAAGACGCCGCCGAGGAAGAGCCGCAGCCAGAGCACCACGAGAGAGGAAGGGGAAGUGGACCACAAGGAGGACUACAAGGUGAAUUUGGCAGACCAGUGGGAGUCUGAGAGUGACGUCAGCGAGGAGGAGCUCGAGAAGCGACGACGCCAGUUACUUCAGCAGCUUGCGCAACACCACUAAGUCUCAUUUGUUUUACGUUCCUCUCAAUAAAUCAUUUUAUUUGUGUU